GGCAGAAGGACGAGCAGGGGCGGCAGCGGCAGCGGGCGAAGCCGCCUCCCGCCGCCCGGACCCGGCACAACGGGGCGGGAGCUGCCGGAGCCACCAUGGGCCGGGGGGGGCCGUAGGAAGCCGCUGGCACAGGGGGACACCCCCCGCCCCUCGCUCACGUCCCUCGCUUAAAAAAGGGAGGGAAAAAAAAAAAAUAAAAGCCGAAAAACGCACCCGAACCCUCCGCGAAUUCGGAGCCAGGGAGAAGGCGGCGGCACCGGCUGGAAAAUGCAUCUUCCUCGGAGCUGCGUCCUCCUCCUCAUCCAGGGGAGCAUCUCGCUGCUGGUGCUCUGUGCUCCAGAGGAUCCAGGGAAAGGUGCGGAGCAGCGGGAAGCCCAGAGCCAGGAGAGAGCCCCAGCGCAGAAGAUGAGGGAGCUGCUCUCCCCAGAGCCCCUCCUGGCCCCGACCCUCCUGCAGAACACGACCCUCGUGGAGCUGGGGAGCGGCUCCCGGCAGCUGUGGGACAUCCUGGAGAACCUGUCGGGGCGGGAGCAGCCCCCCCAGCCCCGGGCACGCAGGGACUCGGGGCCGGCCCCGGGCAAGCUGAAGAAGAUUUUCGGCUGGGGGGAUUUCUACUCCAACAUCAAGACGGUGAAGCUGAACCUGCUGAUCACGGGCAAGGUGGUGGAUCACGGCAACGGCACCGUCAACGUCUUCUUCCAGCACAACUCCACCGGGCAGGGCAACAUCUCCGUCAGCCUCGUGCCGCCCACCAAGGCCGUGGAGUUCGACCUGGAGCAGCAGAUCUUCAUCGAGGCCAAGGAGUCCAAGAUCUUCAACUGCCGCGUGGAGCGCGAGCGCGUGGAUCGCGCCAGGAAGACGUCGCUGUGCACCUUCGACCCCGCCAAGACCUGCUCGCAGGAGCACACGCGCAGCCACGUGGCCUGGGCCUGCUCCAAGCCCUUCAAGGUCAUCUGCAUCUACAUCACCUUCUACAGCACGGACUACAGGCUGGUGCAGAAGGUGUGUCCCGACUACAACUACCACAGCGACGUGCCCUACUUCCCCUCGGGGUGACCCCGGGGCAGGCGGGGCUGGGGGAGGGAUGGGGUGGUUUGUGGGGUUUAGGGAUGGGCCCCAGAAAGCAGGAGCGAGGAAGGAAGAGGAGGAUUUUCCCUCUUUCCCCAUGUCAAAGAGGAGGGUGUCAGGCUGAGCCCGGCCUGGAUCCCUGGUCUGUGGAGAGGAGGCGAGGGCUGAAUUCAGGAGGUGGGGAGUGGGACGGAAAGCCACGAGCAGACUCGAGUUCCUCGGUGCAAUAAGGGGUGGUUUGCCUGGGUCUGGGCCAGCGUGGUCCCAAAAGGUCGUGACCCCAGGCCAAGGGGGCUCCAGAGGGAGGGUCACACCUGGAGCAGAGGGAAGAGGGACCUCAAGGGGGGGAGGAAGGAACCAUGGGCAGCCCCCUCAUCUCCCCCCAGGAGCUGGGGAUGAGUUUUCCCACCACCUUGGUGGUUUUCCCAGCACCUUGGGGUGCCAGGGGCUGUUGGGAUGGACACGGGGAGCCGGGACCAUGCCAGGGUGCCACCCCAGCCCCGCUCACCCCGGGGGGUUCCAGGGACCUGGAAUUGGCUCCCUGGGCAGAGGAGCCCUGGCGGGGCUGCAGGCACAGGGUGUGAUUCAUGUGGCUCCCCUGCUGCUCUGAUUCAUGUGUUUUCCUCCACCUCACCUGCUGCUGAUCCUGAUCCCUGCCCGGCUCCCCCACCCGGAUCUGAGCCCACGAGCAGGGGGAGCUCUGGGAGCAGGAUGGAAUUCACUGGGCAGGAAAAGAAACUCCCCCCCUGCUGACCUGGAGAGAGGGAAUAAAAUCUUCCUGGUGGCA